CUCAGCUCUCCUCUUCUUCCUAAACCCCUAAACACAGCUUCUCGAUUCCCUCUAGCCUGAGCUGCACCAAAAAUGGUUUGUAUUCUCAAUAUUUCUCCUUUUUUCCCUCUUUCUACCUUUCUUCGUCCUCUGCUCGUGUUAAGCUGAAGCUUUAUGUUGUGUGGGCGAGAGAUGACAGAGAGCCUGCUUUUCCUUUGUCGUCAACUCGUCAUUGCCUUCGCUGUACAUUCGGUGAUAUUGUUUGAUUUAAGCCCCAUUUUGGGUUGUUUAGUUCUUCCCACUUGUGCAUUUGCUGCAACGUUACCCAAAUCCAAGUUGCCAACUUAACUGUGCCCAUACUUCAUUGGUACUUUGCCGGUGUUUCCUCUUGGCGCCUGAGGGUUACCUGUUUCACUAUUCUAUUAAUCUCUUACAUUCUUUGAAGUUAACUUCUUUAACAUUAGCCUCUCUAUCCUUGCGCGUAGGUGCUGGAGGGCUAUUUGCUGCUGCGUUUAACUGUGAUUCGGGGAAUGAAGGUGCUUGCCUUCCCACUGAAGAGUUGUGCGAAUGAGGUUAGGGCUGAUGCCGCAUUUGGCUGUCAAAUGAUCAAUUAUGCUGGUUACUUCAGAUGACCAAGCAUAGGAAUCCAGUCUUUGUAUGUACCCUUUGGUGAAGCACAAGCAUAAGAUCCUCAACACUUCACUUGCCUACUGUUGUCGUCUUAUCGACCAGUGUUUCUCGUUGAAAUCCUCGAAGAAUGUCACAGUUCUUCAUGCUCUGUUAGUUAAAGUUGGCUUCAAUCGUUAUACUUUUCUGGGUAAUCGUUGUCUGGAUCUCUAUUGUCGAUCCGGUUCAUCUGCGGUUGAUGUUCUGAAAGUGUUUGAUGACAUAGCUUUAAGAAAUGUGGUAUCUUGGAACAUUUGUUUGAAGGGGUUAUUGAAUUUUGGGCAUAUGGAAAUGGCGUGCAGCCUCUUUGAUGAAAUGCCUGAAAGAGACGUCGUUAGUUGGAACUCGAUGAUUGUGGGGAAUGCUUCAUGUGGCCAUGUUGAUAGGGCAUUAGAAAGGUUUAGGCGGAUGCAAAUUUCGGGUGUGCAACCCAGUGAAUACACUUACUCAAUUUUGAUGUCAGUGGUGUUUGCCACACUUGGUGGUAGAGAACUUCAUGGGAGCUUGAUUCGUCGUGGAUUUAGCACUUCAAAUGUGGUUCUUGGAAAUUCCUUGAUUGACAUGUAUGGGAAGCUUGGCCUACUAGAUUAUUCUGUAGGUGUGUUCUUAGGAAUGAAAGAUAAAGAUAUAAUAUCUUGGAACUCAUUGAUCAUAUGUUUUUGUAAAUGUGGACACGGUGAAUUAGCUCUACAUUGGUUUUGGUUGAUGAGAUCCUUGGGGCAUUCGGUUGAUGCAUUCACAUUUUCUGCAAUCAUAAAUUGCUGCUCUGAUUUACGAAAAUUAAAUAAGGGUGAGCAGAGUUUAGCACUUUGCAUGAAAUUGGGAUUUCUUUGUAAUUCCCUUGUUUCAAGUGCAUCUAUUGACUUGUUUUCCAAAUGCAACAGAUUUGGGGAUUCUGUUAAGCUUUUUCAAGAAUUAGAGCACUGGGAUUCUGCAGCCUGCAACUCUAUGAUUUCAUGUUAUGCACAGCACCAUUUUGCAGAGGCUGCUCUUCUACUAUUUGUGCUUACAUUGAGGGAGGACAUAAGGCCUACAGAAUACACAUUUUCCAGCCUGUUAAGUGUUAUUCACAGUUUUCCAGUGGAGCAGGGAACUCAAAUCCACUGCUUAGUCAUCAGAUUGGGUUUUGACUCUGAUGCUAUUGUUGCUAGCUCGCUGGUGGAUAUGUACUCUAAAUUUGGGUUUGUUAACUGUGCUGUGGAAAUAUUUAGUCGCAUGACUGCCAAAGAUUUGACAUGUUGGAAUACGCUUAUUUUGGGAUUAACUCACAACAACAUGGUAUAUGAAGCCUUGGACACUUUCAAAGAACUGCUCCAGAGUGGCCCACCUCCAGAUAGAAUCACUUUCUGUGCAGUUCUCUUAGCUUGCACUUAUGGUGGAUUUGUUGAUGUUGGACUAACUCUAUUUUCGUCGAUGAUUGAUGAUUAUGGAAUUCCACCAAGCAAUGAACAUUUUGUUUGCUUAGUCAAUUUGUUGUUUAAAGCUGGUAGGUUCGACGAGGCAGUGGAACUCAUAAAAGAGAUUCCUUAUGAACCAGAUUGUUUAGUUUGGGAGUCAUUACUUGAUGCCUGUGCAAUUGGAGACCUGAAUCUCAUAGAGGGAAUGGUGGAGAGGUUGAUGGAAGUUAUGCCUGAGCCCUCUAUGGCCUAUCAGCUGUUAACUAGAAUAUAUGAAAUGCAGGGAAAAUGGGAAUCGUUGGUCCGGCUCAAAAAUACGAUGAGAAAUUUGGUGAAGCCGGUGGUGGGAUUUAGUUGGAUUGGUAUGAAAAACCAGAUUUAUGUUUUUGAUGCUAAGCAGUUAGAACAACCUGGCGGUAAAGAUGUUUAUUGUACUAUGAGGUUACUGACUUGGGAGAUGGAGGAUGAAGCUGUCACGUCAAGGAGCACUAUGAUUGAUUCCAUCUGACCUUGUGAAACUGGCUUUCAGUCAUGAGCAUUGAAGUGCUGUAUUGUUUGUUCAUUUUCAGCUAGUUGCACCCCUGUCACCAUGUUAGAAUCCACAUCCUAUGCACAGGUUAGUGCACUUUUCAAACAAGUGGUAAUUUCUGCUCUGUUUAUGUUUUGGUGGUAUAUGCUGACAAUCAACAUUCUGAAGAAUCAGAAUGGAGCUUUGAUGGCAUGUGCUACCGAUUUGUGAAAUCCUUAUUGUUAUUCAUCUUAACUAUUUUCAGCAUAUAACUCAGGCUUGGCGAGUCUGCAAAAUCAGUUAACUGUAUCUCAACUUUGAUAGUCAUUCAUAAAAAAACACAUGCUUUCAAAACUAACUGCUUCUGGUAUACAUUGUUAUGAGUGGUUGAAUGUGACUAAUUGGGAGUGGAUAAUCUUUAUCAUAUUAGACUUGUUUUCUUCAAGAUCAUAUUUUGUUAUGAUGAAGUAAGCGUUUGACCAGAAAUUAUAUAACUGACUCUCUAAGGAAUGACCACUAACUUAACUCAGUUCUGUUUGGGAAAUGAUGUAAUCAUCUGUGUCCUUGUGUCCUGGUUUUUUUUUUUCAUUCUUCAAGAUACCCUCGUUGGUCAUUUUCCGGCCUUCUAUUUCUCAAUCUUUUCCGUCCAUAAGAUGUUUACCAUAUUUAAUCCAAUAUAUUUCUCAAUCUUUUCCGUCCGUAAGAUGUUUCCCAUAUUUACUCAUUUAUGUUCUCUGAAAUUUCUACGAUCUUUCAGGGUGACAAAUGCAUAAGCAGAUAAGCUGAAUAAUCUUUUAGAUUUUCUAAUAUUUAUUGAUAUUAUUCGACAAAAGAAAUGGAAGGGGCUGGUUCAUUCUAGGAUUCAUAUUUCAUCCCUUGAGACAUAGGAAUGAGAAUAAAGAUUAACAAUAAUUUUGGAACCGAUAAGAGAAAACAAUGCUGUUACACUAUUUCCAGCUAGUUUCUUUCACUUAUAGAGCUUCAUUAGUGUAUAACUCAUAUUUAUGUACUUGGUAGUAUAGUUUGGCUCUAAUAAGUUGUUGCCUACCUGAACAGGAAAUCUUUGAUGGGAUUUCAGGGUUCAGUAACUGAUUACUUCCAAACUGUCUUACUUCAAGAUAAUUUAGUCUCUGAAAAUUGAGGGAGAUCAUAUCAUCCAAAGUCUCAGAUAAUAUAUUACCAACCAGAAAAUCAUUUUAUUCGAGGUCCAGACAUGUUUCAGGUCAGGAAGCUUCUCACAUUGGUUUAUCUUUUACUCUUUUUCACACUUGGCUAUAACUUUUUUAAUUCAUGCCUGGCCUUCAUCUACCUAAUGAGUAGUGUGGUCAACUUGCGUGUUGCAGCGAAGGUGCACAAAGAAGAAAUUGGACAAGGUUUUCAGAGUUUAAUCAUGAGAUGCAAAUCUUGAGAUUGUUCCCUCAAGAACAUUGUCGGGCUUUAGCUGAAAGUAGAAGAGGCUGAACAUUUGUUAUGUUCAGUAUACUUGCAACAAGUCAUUCCAUUGGCAUAUGCUUGGUAAGCAAUAGUGUCAUUUUGCUACUGUAUGCCACUCUGCUUGUGGGCAGUGUCAACAUAUAUAUGCCUCUUAACUGCAACAAUAAAAUUGGAUUCUCUUGAGAAACUAUAUUUUUCUUUUCUCCAGGUCAAGCAGCAAAUAAUUUUCAAUGGAACCAAGACAUGCCAUUGCUGUUAGAAUUGGAAUAGGUCUGUGUUUCUGCAUGCCAAGGCAGCCAGAUAAUAUUUCAAGACAUGUGCCCGACCAUUGUAUGUACUGCUUUAAAUUAGGUUUCUAUGUACUUCCUAUUCAGUUUCCAUUGAUACUAGUGAUCUUUGGAAACACAUGGCUGAGGUUGCUGCUUCUCUGCCUGGCCUAAGUUUGUCUUUUUGGUUGCAUAAAAAUUAAUCAUUGGGCUUUAGAGAGGAAAGAUUCACAAAGUCGGACCUCGAUUCUGGUCUCUAUUUGAUCGGGCAGAGACUUGAUCAUGCUUUGUGUUCUUCUAGUUGGGGAAAAUGCAUUGGGAUGCUGUGAUUUCUCAUGGUUUGACCAGUAACUAAUUAAGAUGAUUUGCCUCCUACCCCAAGAUGAACUUUACAUGACUGCUAUUCGCUAACAAUCUUCAUUUUAGUUUGAUGGAUGGUAACUCGAUUGUGAUGAAUGUAUGCAGAUUGUAAACCGAGCAUGAGUCUCUUGCUGGUAAUUAUGCUGCAAGUCUGAUGUCCUCAUCAAGGGAGUACAUAAUGAAAGUUGGCUUUUGGAGUGUAUACUAACUUCGGUUUCUGGGCGGUCAAUCAUGAAUUAUGCAGACCGGCUAACAACAAAAGAAUCAGAAGAGUGGUGUUCAACUUGAGAUCUGGAAAAUCACCAUGCCCUGAUGGCUUCUCGGCUCGGCUCCCAGGCCCAGUGUGGCCUUUUGUGAUGAGAUCAAGAUAUUGAUCUUUGCCUCUGAAAUGCUUGCUGCCAGGUUGGAAUGGUACUCAAGUUUAUUUCGUAGGUCUCUUAACUUUUAAGCUCGUUAGUGAUUAGAACCAGUCUCUAACUGAAGAAUCCAUAUGUUUGUUAGGGCAUCUGAACGAAGGAAAACACUCGUAAUGAUGUAGGUGAUGACAAACUUCCUUAGAAAUGUCCCCAGACUAUUCAUCGCCUCAGUUAGCAUCAUAUGACUAUGAAAUUCUCUCACACCAUCCAUGAACAUUAGGGGUGUUCAAAGGGUGUGGUUAUCAUGGUAACCGUUUUAACCAGUACUAUUUGAAUAAUUUGGUUUGGUGGAAUUUGAAUAAUUGGUUUGGUUUGGUUAAAGUUUUUAGCUUGUUUGGUUUAGGUGGUUUGGUUUGGUUUCAGAAACUCCUAACCAGCGAAACCAAAUUAACCAGAUAAAUAAUUAGCCAUAUAUCUAAUAUAUACACAUACUUAAUACUUUGAAUAACCACUCAAGAGUUAAACAUUCAUCCCUUUUAGACUCAUAAAAUAUAAAGUUUGAUAUUGUUCCUAUAAUGUAUAUUUGUAUAUGUAGAGUGUAGACCACAACAUAUGAACACCUAGUUUAGAUAAAUCUCAUACAUUAUGUUGGAUGAAAACUUGAAAGCAAGGUCCUUUUCAGCCUAUGAAAAUUGCUAAAAUACUAAGUCAAUUCAAACAAACACAACAAUUCAUUAACCCAUACCAUUGUGAUAAAUUUUUGUUAGGUGAAUACUCCUAUACUAACCGUAAGAUAAUUGUCUUAGUUGCAUGUAUUUAUGUUAAGGGUCAACUAUAACUACGUGUUGAUUGUUAUGUUUUAUUCAUUAUAUAAAUUGUGAAUUGAUAAAUUAACCGAAAACUUUCUCACUUAAUGAUAAUGUGAUUUUAUAUUGGUUAAUCUGGUUAACCAAUUAACCAAACCGAUUAAACUUUAGUUUGGUUAAUUUGGUUAUUGUAUUAGUUUGGACGGUUUGGUUAUAAUAUUCUAUUCCAUGGUUAAUGAAAUUUAGCCUUAUUUGGUUUGGUAAUAACCAUGGUAACCAUUUGAACACCCCUAAUGAACAUGUACGUGGUUGAUGAUAUCCUACAUUCAUUAGUCAUCAUCACUAAUAGUUGCAAUAGUUGCGGAAGCAAAAUCCUUAACAUACCGAUUAGUAUAAAUGAAUUUCAUAAGUUUUGAGAAAUUCAUUUUGAAAUGAAACAUUUUUGUGUUUGGUAUUUAGAAGAAUUCAUUUUCAAUUCUAAAUUUUGAAUUCUAUGGAAUUGGAACUAGUUAUAGCAAUUCCAAGGAAUUAAGAUGAAAUUUUCAAAUGAAUUCCACAAGUAUUUACUAAUUAUAAUAAUAUGAUAUAAUUAUCUUCUUUUAUCAACUAAAUUGCUUAUAUAUAUGUCAUACCAAACAAAGAAAAUUAUUUGAGAAUCAACUUUACACGAUAAUUUAUUUUAUUUUUAAAGAUUUGAACAUGACAUACCAAACACAAGAUUUCAUUUAACAAUGAAUUCUACAUGGUAAUUCAUUUUACAAUGAAAUGAAUUCUCGAUUCAUUUGGUACCAAAUGGUCUUGGAUCCAUCAUGAACUGUCUAAAUUCCAUUGUAUACUUGAUGUGUUUAGGGGUAACAAAUAUCAUGGGUUCUACGAAUUUUAAGGGUCCAAAUCUGUGGGGUUCACGGACUUGAAAGUUCCACCCCUUUAGGUGGGGAUUGAUCAUGUACUUUCAAGUCCAUCAUUUAUGACCAAUUUGUCCUUCUUAUUUCCUUUUUAUCCUUUUUUUAUUUGUAUUUCCUUUUUAUUCGCAUACUAAUGAGGGAAAUAUAUGUUAAUUUCACUUUAUUCAUACUAAUCUAAUUAACCAAAUCAAUCAUGAAAUAUAUAUGUAAUUUUUUAAGUUUAUAAUGAAUCCAAAGCCCCCAUAUAUUCAUGGUUUUACAAAACCCAAGUUUUAACAAAACCUUCAUUUUUAAAAUCCACAAAACAAACGAACCGUAAAGCUUUGGAUUUUUCUCGGAAUAUACUAGUCAUUAAAAAGAAUUCACAAAAUGUAGUAGUUUAUAUAAUUUUUUUUGAAAUACGCAUGUUAUCUACAUAUCGCUUCUACAAAAUCGAUCUAGCUAUAAAUCGCGUUACCUAGAGGCGAUUUGGUAGGGAUUGCUUCCGUAAAAGGAGAUCAGAUCGGAUUGUUGACGUUUCUAGUGAUUUAUCAUCAAAUCUCUUUAGAGUGACGCAAUUCGUUGUUCCAGUGACGCAUAUCAUUGACGUGGAAGGUGAUUUUUGAGAGGGGAGACGGGGAUUGCUGAGGUGGCAAGAAAUAAACUGUUGAUAGCUUCCGACGGCCACGAUCAAUGCGCUAUCUCUUCUUUGCUCCACCUAUAUGGCGUUUAACCGAAGCGAUCUUGGCUCCCCCCUUCAGCAAUAAAUACGAACUCCCUCCCCUUCAUUUCAUUCACACCACCACCAUUACAUUAUUCCUCCCUCUCCCAUACCACUCAAGGAAUACAGGUAUGCUCUGAGGUUGCGGCUAAGUCUGAUCUUUCACAACAUAUCCUGUUUAAUUGAGUUCCAAAAAAGCCUUGUCCCGCUAAAAACCCGGUCGAACCUCUGUGAUAUAUUAUUAUUUUUUAUUUAUAAUUGUGAAUCAUGACGGAAUGCUAUAAGAACAAUGUCUUAGUAGAAUAAUCAUGAUUAAACGUUGUUUUGUAUUUUCACGAUUUGUUUACAAAGCUAAUAAUGUUAUUUUCUUGUAUUUCAUGAUAGAUGGGGGCAGAUAUUUACGAUCCUAGAUUGUAUAUCCAAUAUGGCCUGAGGGAUGCCCAAUAUUUAACCGAACAAGAAAAUCAUAGAUCCCAUGCGAUUUGGAACAACAACUCGGUAGAUACGCCCUACCUUCAAAAUCCUUUUUUAAUUAUUUUAAAACGUUGCUAUAAAAUUUACUUUGGGCAUUGAUAAAUUGGAACAUUAACCUUGAGAAAUUAUCAUUGUAAGUGUGAUGUGUUUUUGUGCUAUUCAUUAUUUUUCUUAUUAAUAUUAUUUCGUCUUCGUUUUCAUAUGGACUUUAAAAUCUUUGAUUUGACGAUUUCGAUUUUACCCACAUUUUCAAUUUGAUGUAAAAUCCUAAUUUUGACUACUAUGCUCAUGACCAUGUCAGAGAGGUGGCGUCUCGAGUCACACACCUUCCACUUUCCCGAGGGGGAAAUGAAAAUUACACUGCGGGAUGUUGCCAUCCUCACUGAGUUGUCAAUCAGUGGAGAGGUCGUCAUUGACAACUCGACUGUUCCCGAAGGAGGUUGGGGGCCACUGAUCUUUGAGCAUUUGGGCUUCAACAUGCCCAUGACAGUAGAGGGAGGCGGUAAACUGGCGUUGAACGUAGGUCAAGUAUCAAUCCCAUGGCUCGUUGCUCGUAUAAUGGCGGAUGUUGCAUAAAGGAAGUGUUGAAGGGUUCUAGGCAGAUUAAAGAAUGAUUUAUGUAGUUCUCUAUUUGAUGGUUUGUGAUUUGUGUCUCUAUUUGGUAGGGAUGUUGUCAUUUGAGUACAAUCUUUUUAUGGAAUGAAACAACCAAAUACAU